AUGGCCCGAUUCGAAGGCUCGGCCUCACUCGCCACGGCCCUGCUCGUCCUAUUCAGUUUCCUCGCUACGGCUUUGGCGGCCACAGAGACUGUCUAUAUCACUGGCUCAGACAAAGAUGGCAAUACCAAACAGCUCGCGGUCAAUCGCAAUCCCGGCCUCUACACUGGCGACUUUGGCGACUGUCUUGGAGGACAAAGUUUGUUCAAUAUCACAAAAUUCGAUGCCUCAUACUACGCCGACAACAUGACCGUACAGUUCCAUCUGGACGGUACCACCAAUAUCAAGAACGAAUCAUUGAUGAUGCAUAUCAACGUCGAAGCUUACGGCGAGACAAGAUUCGAUAUGAGCUUUGACCCCUGCAUGACCAACAUCGCUAGUCUAUGCCCUCUGAACGCCAGCGUACCCAUCGCUGCAUUUGCAAGUUUCAGACUUACGCCCGCGCAGAUUGACGGCAUUCCAUCGAUCGCCCUCGAUAUUCCCGAUUUCGAAGGUACCGCACGCAUUCAGAUCUUCGCAAACUCGAGUCGAACCCAGAUAGGAUGUUUCCAAGCCGUCAUGCGGAACGGCAACAGCUUCUCCCAUCCGGCAGCAAUAUCGUCGAUACUGGGUGUCUUCACACUCGCCGCUAUCCUGGCUUCUGCGGCGACCGCGAUGUAUGGUGUCAGCAUACCUCAUGUUAGGACACACUACGCUCAUUCCCUUUCAGUCCUGGUGAUCUUUGAGACCUACCAGACCGUCUUCUUCUCGGGCGCCUUGUCCGUCGACUGGCCCAGUGUCCUACCCGCUUGGUGGAGCAACUUCGGAUGGGCUGCCGGCAUGAUAUAUAGCGAGAAAGUAAUCAAUUCGAUCGACGGUUUCGCAGGCGUGACUGGUAAUGCCAGCCAAGUAGGCGGUGCAGGAUCGACUGUCAUCAACACUGGCGGUGGCCUCAUCCAGCAAAUCUACGGGCGCUCGCUUGAGACUCUUUCUACCUCUUCUAGCAAUGGCGCGUCCGUUCCGAAUCUCGUGCAACGAGCAGCUAGGGUUUACAACACGAGCAAUCCAUACGAAUACUACUGGGCAGGCGAUCCCGUCGCUCCGGGCAUGCCUACGCCUGGCAAAUGGAUUGGGUUCGCCGGAGACCUAUCUGCCCUCGGCAUCCCGGCCGCCGAUGCUUUCACCCUUGGACUGAUCUGGUGGUUGGUAGCCAUUGGACUGGUUGCCGUCUCCAUCAUUGCGUUCAAGUUCAUGCUCGACAUGCUUGUUCAAGUAAAGCUGAUCAACCAGGAUCGAUUCUUGUACUUCCGCAAUCAUCUGGGCGGAUACCUUGCAGUCGGAGUUUUGCGCACCCUGCUCGUUUCGUUCUUUUCGUUGAUGACACUGGCGCUGCUUCAGUUCAAUAUUCGCGCGCCAGCCGGGCCGACAGCUGUCGCGGCUAUCAUAUUUAUCUUCUUGCUCAUCGGCGUUGGUGGCCUUGUAGCCUACGCUUGUUUUUUCCGCCUCCGGCUUGGCAAGUAUGAAAUGGGCCCCGACACAAUCAUAUUUGAACAGGGCAAGCUCUUUGGCUCGAUACCAGCGGUUGCAACAACGCGUGCCAGCGACAUUGGCGAAAAGGAAACUACUGCAAAACGCUAUGGAUCGAUACCUUUCUUCAAGAUCCGAUUCAUUGACGACGACCCAAAUCGGACGACGGUGCACCAAGACGAGGUUUACAUCAAGCGGUUUGGCUGGCUCUCGGCUCGUUAUCGUCGGACCAGGUGGUGGUUCUUCGCCUGUUGGCUAACUUACCAAUUUAUUCGGGCCUGCUUCAUUGGCGGGGGAGCGCGAAGCCCCCUUGCUCAAGUAUACGGAUUAUUCGUUUUUGAGAUCAUCGCAUUCGUCGUUUUUGUUAAACUAAACCCUUUCGAGAGCCAGAGGAACACGUCGUUGGCGAUCUGGAUGCUGGGCAUUACGAAAAUCGUCACCGCAGGUUUCUCCAUUGCCUUCUUACCCGCAUUCGCUAUUGGAGGCAUACUCUCGACGGUUUUCGGCAUCAUCAUCAUCGUCGUCCAAGGGUUCCUUGUUGUUGCGGUCCUGAUUCUCGUGAUCCUGUGUGUUGUAUCAUCAUGGAUGUCACUUUAUCGAAAUCGCGAACAGUUUCCAGAAGCAUUGGAUGGGGUUCGCAUCAAGUACUACGAACACAUUCAAGCCAGAGCUACCGACCUCCCGCCACCACCGAAGCCAGAGCCGACGAUACAAGAGCCUCAAGAGCCACCACAGCCAUAUUUUUCUGUCAAUAGCGUUCGCCGGAAUCGCAAGAUUGAAGAUGAUGACGAGGGAGACCAGAUUGGAGACAUCAUUCGGCCGCACAAUGCUUCAGUAGUUCAGUUUGCGCCAGGGACUACCACCCGACGAAUCCGGACAAACAGUGUCAGCUCGCGCUACUCAGUUGGUAGCUUGCCGCGCCGCGCAAGACCCCAUCGCACCUCGUGGAGCUCAGCUGAUUUUGCUGAAUGGGAUGCCAACAAUAAUACGGAUCGGCCCGCAUCGUCGCUUGCACACCGUAGCAGUUUCGGUCAUCAGCGUAAUGGCUCAUUGAGACAGAUGUCACACUCUGAGUCGCAGCCUGAUCUUGCACGCUCAAUCAACAACUCGCCGGCGCCUGCAAGAUCCGUAUCGAUGUCGAACAACGAGCUACGUCGUCUCAUGACUCCAACCGAAGAGGUUCCAGAGGAGAAUGUGAUGACGCCCGGACACAUGGCUGAGCCUGAGAAACCAAGCGCCGCUAAAUCUAAUGAUACCGCCAUCUCUCCUAUUCACGAGAGGGACGAGCAUGAGACCAAGGAGGGAGAUGCCUCUCCUUUUGAGGAAAACUCCCCAAAGGCUUGA